UGCUGUUCACUGAGUCACUGAUUCACACAUAUUUGUCUAAUGUCCAUCAAUCAUCAUUUGUUCUGAUUUGUUCUGUGAAUUAACUGCCGAUUUGUGUUUACCAGUAACUGCCAUUAUAACACUCUAAUAAUAUAUAUUGUAAGAUGUCUAUUCCUAUAAGUAAGGAAAGCCUGGCUCCUUUACAAGUUUUUGUUAAGCUAUGUCAAAAAAAUCCAAGCAUCUUACAUUUGCCAGAUCUUAAAUUUGUCAGAGAAUUUAUUGAAAGUUUUGGUGGCAAAAUACCUAAUGCUUCACCAUCAAGUAACACCUCGACAAAUGAACCAAAACAGAGAAAAACAAGUGUUAAUGCUGAGCCUGGUUCUGAUGCAGAUGACGAUGAUGAUCAAUGUGCAUUUGACAUGACUGGAGUUAUUGAACCAGACAAUGAUCCACCUCAACAAAUGGGUGAUUUAGAAUUCAUUCCAACUGAUGAAGACAUUUCAAAAGCUCAUUCAAAAAGAUCAGAAGCAUUGUCAGCAUUUGCUGAACAAGAUUAUGAAAAAGCAAUUAAACUUUAUACUGAAGCAAUAAUGCUCAAUCCAUCAGCAGCAUUGUUAUAUGCAAAGCGUAGUCAAGCUUAUUUAUCAUUAAAAAAACCAAAUGCUUGUAUUCGUGAUUGUGACAGAGCUAUUGAGCUUAAUCCUGACAGUGCUGCAGCACAUAAAUUCCGUGGUCGUGCACAUCAACUUCUUGGUAAUUGGGAAAAAGCUGCAACUGAUCUCAGACUUGCAUGUCAAUUUGAUUUUGAUGAACAAGCUGAUGAAUGGCUUCGUGAAGUAACUCCAAAUGCCAAAAAAAUUGAAGAACAAAAAAGAAAGAAAGAAAGACAAGAACAUGCGGAAAAAGAAAAACGUGAAAAAAUGAUGAAAGCACGUGAAGAAGCUGCCAAAACUUGUGAAAAUACAAAUGAUGCAUCCCAGGCUGAUGGAGCAAAUUUCUAUCAAUAUCUUAGUGACCCAGAAGUUCAAGCAGCAUUCCAGGAUCCUGAGGUUUCAGCAGCAUUUGUUGACAUCACUUCAAACCCAGCAAACAUUUUGAAGUAUCAAAAAAAUCCCAAGGUCAUGAAUCUUAUUAACAAAGUUGCAUCAAAAUUCGGUGGUAGCGGAGCUGGUUUCCCAGGAAUGAUGGGUGGAAUGGGAGGAAUGGGAGGAAUGGCUGAUGCAUUCUUCGGCACUGGUGAACAAUCAAAACCUUCAGCACCACCAACUGACGAUGAUUUUGGCCUUGAUUAAAUCCUCUUAUUCAAGGUGUUACAUUCAAUCUUUACAUUGAAUAAAUGAUAAUAAUAAUCAAUAUGUUUCUCAGCAAUAGACUCAUUUUUCAUUUUUCAAUAAUUAUUUAUAAAACUUUAUAAUGAAAAAUUUAUAAAUACAAAUAAUCAUAAUAAUAAUUAUAAUAAUAAUAAAGAGUAGUUGCAUAAAAUAAAAUAACA